GAAAAUUACAAACCAACGGCUUUACACAUUUUUAGCCCGUUAAAGAAAACCGCAGCUCUUGACCAAAAAAGGAAAAGGAAAACCGCAGCUAGGUUCUCACCAGUCCAGUAGAGGAUGGCGAUGGCUGCGCUGAUACGUGAAGGGAGGCGUUUGGGCGCCGCUCCGUUCUCUUCUACCAACACUCUCAUUGCGUACCGACCAUCUCUUGUCUCUCAUUCCGAGGAGACGUCUUCAAGGGGAGUAGACUAUAUAUGCACUCAAGUUGUGAGGAAUCAGUUGAAGAGUGUUAAAAACAUUCAGAAAAUCAUAAAAGAAAUGAAGAUGGUUGCAGCUUCAAAGCUUCGACCUGUACAGGGUAGAAAUGAUAAUUCACGCGGCCUUUGGCAGCCUACUGCGCUUCUUGGUGGCACUCCUAGUGUGGAUGUGAAGAAGAAUGUCAUCAUUACUAUUUCUUCAGACAAAGGUCUUUGUGGAGGAACCAAUUCUACAUCUGUCAAGACAAGCCGGAAUAUUCACGAGUUAAAUUCUGGUCCUGAGCAGGAAAGCAAAUAUUUAAUUCUGGAAGAGAAGGCAAAGGCUCAGCUGUUGCGAGAUUCUAAGAAAGAUAUUGAAUUGGUUAUGACUGAGUUGCAAAAGAACCCUCUCAACUAUACACAGCAAAACCUUGGAACCAAAGAAGAGCUUCCUAUGAACACUACGAAAAAUGGCAUCGCUGCAUUGCCAUCUUAUUAUAGGGCUCAUAGUUUCUGCUUUUCACAACUAUCCACAAGGCGGCCUAUUUUUCCUAGUAGGUUAAUUGCAACCAUGGCAACCUCAGGGCAUACUGUUUCCCGAGAUGCUUCAAGUCCUGAGUGUGAAGCAACUCCACGUAUCAAAUUUAAGAGGCUCGAUAAGACAGCAAAACACAUAAUGCAGAUUUUGGACAAAGAAGCAGUUGAAGAAGUGAAGACUCAAAGAGAGAUACCUGAUAUAAGGCCUGGCUAUACUUUGCAGCUCAAAGUGGAAGUACCCGAAAAUAAGAGGCGUCUUUCAAUAAUCAAAGGAACAGUAAUAGCGAGGCGCAAUGCUGGUUUGAAUACUACAUUCAGAAUAAGGAGACUUGUUGCUGGUGUUGGCGUUGAAUCCCUCUAUCACCUGUACUCUCCAAAUAUAAAGGAAGUAAAGGUAUUGGACAAGAAGAAGGUGAGGAGGGCCAAGCUAUACUAUCUGAGGGAUAGAAUGAAUGCAUUGAAGAAACGCUAGAGAAGCGGGACAAACAAGUUUAUUUUGUUACAAGCAGCUCUUGGACUUCAUUUAUUCCUUUAUCGCACACAAGCUCAUGUGGAGGUUUGCAAUCCCCCCCCCAAAAUUGAGAUAAAGGAGUGGAAAUUGCUGAUACUUGUAGUGCAUGUGGCAUUGAUGCUUUGUGUGCGUGAUAGUAAAAUUUGCUCGUUUUCAGCCUUCCAGCCAUUCCAGGUGGUUGCAGAUUGUAUUUAUGAGUGGGGGAAGUGUUUAUUUGUGGCCUCGGAGAGGAGGAUUGCUGCAAAUUUAUUAUGGUGUUAUGGGGAUGUGGAAGGGGAGAAGAGAGUUUGAAUAAUAUAAUCUCUUCCUGAACUUGUGCUAAUAUAUUUUUCUCCAUUGAAUAACAGUUUGAAUAUAAUUUUGGUUGGAAAGCUCAAAUUUCUAUAUUGUUCAUGAAAACAGAAUACCACUUCAUCUUCCCAAUCAAUUUUGAACUUACCCAGCAGGCCAGUGCUACGCCACUACUAAUAAUUCAUGAUGUUUCUACAGUGCAUAUAUCAAAACAAUUCAUCAAGUUUUAUAAUUAAAAUUUAC